AUGGGCAAUAUUUGUCGAUAAAAUACAAUUAUUGAUAAAGAAAACAAUGAAAUCAGCACAUCCUAACCUCCGGCUGUUCAAUAGGCAGUGGCCCCGAAAGCUGAAGAAGUGAAGGCAGAGAUCACGGAGAUUAAAGUUUAGUAGGAUAUAAAAGCAGAUUAAAACUUACAGGAGGAUUAACCGAAAUAAGAGAAUGAGCCCAAAAGAAAGGAAUAGAAAAAGAUGGCCAAAAUAGCUGCUGUUAUUGAUUAGGAAGUCAUAUAUGAAAAUGUAUAAAAAUAAGAAAAACUCAAAAGUCCCUUCGAUUAUCAACUAUUGUUGAAUGUUUUUGCCAACAGUUUUAUAUUUGGUUAAAUGCAACCUGAAGACAAAGUUAAAGUUAUUGAAUCAAUGUUUUAUUGCACAGUGCAUGAUGGUGAAAUGGUCUUCAAAUAAGGAGACAAAGCGAGUUCCUACUUUUUAAUUGAGAGAGGUUAAUGCUAAAUCAUAAUCAACAAUGAAGUUAAGAAAACACUCAAAUAAGGAGAAGCCUUUGGAGAAUUGGCUUUGCUUUACAAUGCUCCAAGAUCUGCAUCAGUCAAGGCUGUAGGAGAUUGUGCAUUUUGGGCUAUUGAUAGAAACACAGUCAGAAAGGCCAUUGAAGCAAUAUCAUAACGAGAUUACGAACAGAAUAAAGAAUUUAUUAAUAAAGUCUAAUUUUUCGAAUCUUUAACUGAUGAUCAAAAGGCAGCCAUUCCUUCUGCCUUGAUCAAUCUCAACUUUAAGGCAGGGGAAAUCAUAGUCAAUGAAGGGGAUUAAGCAGAUUCAUUCUUCAUUAUCAAAAAAGGAGAAAUCCAGAUUUCCAGAGGAGGAAAAGAACUAAGAAUUAUGAAGGCAGGGGAUUCCUUAGGAGAACAAGCACUUCAAUCCAAUUCUGUAAGGGGAGCAACAGCUAAGGCCAUCAAAGAAGAUGCUGUAGUUUUAGCAUUAGCAAGAGAUGAUUUGACAAGAAUCUUAGGAGAUAAAAUUUAGUUCAUCAUGUAUAGCAAUUUAUAGAGAUGGGCUUUUGAAAGACAUCCUAUACUUAACAAAUUAACCAAAUUGCAAGUAGAAAGAAUUGUUAGCAAUAUGCAACAAAUUUAAAAGAAGGCAGAAGAACUUAUCAUUGAAAAAGGGUAACCUUGCAGAGAAGUUAUUAUUGUCCUCCAAGGUUCUAUUAAAUAUGGCAAAGAAGUCUUUGAAAAAGGAUAAAUGUUUGGUGAUAAGUUUUUGGAUCAAGGAGAGAAUGUCAAAUUGGGAGAGCCUGUCAUAAUGAAGGAUGAUGGAAUGAUUGCUGUUAUUACUUUUAAGCAAUUCUUUGAAAUUAUUGGAGGUUCUUUGGAGUAGAUCUUUGCUAAAAAUGAAAAAGCCCAUGAUAGAUUUAUCAAGAAGGAGGAUGGGCAAAAAUAAGAUAUGUAUAAGCAUUUUGAAUUAGAUUAAUUGAUAUCUGUUAAGAAAUUGGGUUAAGGUUAAUUUGGUAAUGUCUACUUAGUCUACAAUAAAUUGGAUAAGAAAACAUAUGCACUUAAAUGCAUUUCAAAAGCAUAAAUAAUUGAAUAAAAUCUGGAAAAGCAUUUAGCUCAAGAAAAGAUUGCUUUGGAGACUGUCAAUUUUCCAUUGAUUAUGCAUUUUGCAAGAAGUUUCAAAGACAACAUAUAUAUUUAUUUCUUAGAAGAAUACAUAAGGGGAAUGGAAUUAUUCGACGUUAUUAGAGAUAUUGGAUUGCUAAAUACUUAUGAUUCUUAAUUCUAUGUUGGGUCAUUGAUAUUAUGUAUGGAAUAUUUACAUCUUAAUAAUAUUAUCUAUAGAGACAUUAAGCCAGAAAAUAUCAUGAUAGAUGAAAAAGGAUUUAUGAAAUUAAUCGAUUUAGGAACUGCCAAAAAUCUAAAAGGCAAAAAUGGUAGAACCUAUACUAUUAUUGGUACUCCACAUUAUAUGGCUCCUGAGAUUUUAACAGGAAAAGGAUAUACGUAUUCAGUAGAUUUAUGGUCUAUUGGUAUAUGUCUCUAUGAAUUCAUGUGUGGCAAUGUACCCUAUGCUGAAGAUGCAGACGAUCCUUAUGAAAUUUAUGAAGAAAUUCAGAAGAAAGCUCUAGCUUUUCCUUCAGUUUUAAAAGAUAGAAAAGCCAAAAAACUAAUUGAACAAUUAUUAAGUAAAACUCCUGAGUUGAGACUUGGUUCAUCAUAUGCUAGUUUGAAAAAUAAUGCCUUCUUUGAAAGAUUCGAUUAUGAUAGCUUGAUAAAUAGAGAAUUGAAGCCUCCAUACUUACCACCUAAAAAUAAAUUACAUAGUGACAAAGACAUUUAGAAAGCAAUAUAGGUCGGAAAAUUGAUAUCCGAAGAAAUAAAAAAUGAUCCUGCGACUGCAUCAAAUGUAUAUAAACCAGAGAAGGCACGUGAUCCAAAUUGGGACAAGGAAUAUUGA